AACCUACCGAGUCGGAGAACUCUGUGCCACUCGACACUGCUUAUCUCUUCACGUUGAACAUUGAAGCAUUCUCCGAGUGAUUUCAUCGCCAUUUACAACGGCGAAAACAACAACAACACGUUUCAACCGGGAGUGAAGGAAAUACUAUUGCUUUUCAUUAUUUAUUCUUUUUUUUAUUGCCUAUAACCUUUUACCUGGAAUUUAAAGACAUGAGGAUCUUCAGAAUCGCGCUCCUGCUCGUUCACGCCUUUGUGGCGUCGCGGCUGACAAGUGGCGCAGCGGUGGACAGGCAUGACAGUGAAAGGCACCAUACGGCUGUGAUCAACCUCCUGGACACACGGAAUGACAGGAUAGAGGAGGACAACGCAGGUGUGGCGAGGACCACCGCCGAUUACGACAACAGCUACUACUAUGAAGACAAUUAUGACAACGAGGAGGAGGACUAUGAGCUGUCUGGAGAUGUGGACCUACCAAGAGUCGCUAUGUCCAGCAAGCCGAAGGACAGUGCCAGCAUUCUGUCAGUGCCAGUGGAGCAGCCUGAGAGGCCUCAGAGGAGGGGGAAAGGCAAGAAGAAGGGAAAGGGCCAAGGGAGGAAGAGGAAUCCAUGUCUGAAGAAGUACAAGAAUUUCUGCAUUCACGGCACCUGCCAAUUUUACAAGGACCUCCGCGCGGUUUCCUGUGUAUGCCUUCCAAGCUACUCCGGGGAAAGGUGUCAGUUCUUCACCCUGUCCGUGGGGGUGAAGCCCGAGGAGGGAUUCAGCCGGACAACGGCCCUGGCGGUGGUGGCGGUGGUCUUGUCGACGCUCUGUCUCACCAUCAUAGGCCUUCUAUUAGCGCUCAGGUUUCACAAGAGGGGGGCUUACGACAUUGAGAAUGAGGAGAAGGUGAAGCUAGGCUCAGCACCCCACCACUGAAGAGAAAGAAUGGGGGCGAAGCUGCGGAAAUUCUACCUCAAAAUAGAAAGGAGAACUGUAAACGAAGGACUUGGGAGGAAGAAGGAAGCUACAGGAAGAAGGGAAACAGAGAGGGGCCUGACGUCUGGCCCUCUGCUCAGCAAUCAAGGGACUCGCCACGAGUACCUGGGCUGGGCCAAAUGGUCCCUGUGGGCCGUUCUUUCAAAGGGACCACCUGGAAGUGGAAUACAGGGCUGGCCGGUGGACAGGAUAUGUGAUGAGCACGCGAAGUAACAGUGGGCGAGAGCACGAAGGAAGGAACAAGUCUAGUCUAGGACUCAACGCUGCGUCUCGGCUGUGUAAAAAAAGUAAAUUAAAAAGAGACUAUACCAGGAAAUGAAGACUUUACGGGAUAUACAUCUUCAUCCCCCCCCCCCCCCCUCUCCCCUACCCCCUCCAAUACCCCACAACAAUCAGAGGUCAACCUGGAGUAUUACGUGUUUUUGUUUUUUUUGAAGACAGCGUUUUAUAUUUCUUCCUGCACAAUUUUCUUUCCCGUGUACAGUAAAAGCUUUUUUAUUUAUACAAUCUUUAUUUAAAUUUAUUUAUUUAUGUAUGUAUUUAUGCAGAAUUGAACUGCUAUCAUCCACUCAAGAUGCACUGUUUGUUUGUCAAAAUGUUACGUUUUGUCUUUUUCUAUUUGGUAAUUGCCAAUAUUUAUUGAUACAUUCAGCGGCAAUUUGUGUCUAUUAAUAUGUAAUUAAUAGCUGAGAUUGUUGGUGGCCAUUGGCUCCCAAGCCAAACUCUGGUAAUUAGAUACAUGCAUUGAUCAGACACUUACUUAGGGCUCCAGCCCCCAAAUGUAUCAAUGACAGCCACCUGUUCGCCGUCAUCAUAUGUUGUCUGUCUCUGUGGAUAUUUGAAUCGCUAAACAUGAAAAUCCAUGUGCGACAUCACAUGUUUCUUUUUUUAUCUAAGAGUUGAGAAGGGAGUCAAAUAAGAUAUGUAUGGAAACAGUGGUUGCUAGAAUACAAUGGGUUGAAUAGAGAAUUUGGAGAAUUUCAACUUCCAUUUGUUCCAUGUUCAGCUGUUGAUAAAAAUGUGAAUUCAAAUGUUAUAAGCCUUAACACCAACAAAGGUGUUUUUUUUUUCUCAGAAGAAAUAAAAUAUUUUUUCCUCA